ACCUUAUUCAUUAUGCUUUUGUAUCAAGUGUAAUACACUUGUCAGUACUUUUGUAUUUAAUAUUUAUUGAUUUUACGUAAAUUUGUCCAAUGUUUAAUUAUUGUUUAAUUUAAAAUGUUUAACAAACGUAUUUUAUUUUGUACUCUUGUUUAUUUAAUAUUUAAUUUCAAUAAAUAUUAAUUUAGUUAUUUAAAAUUAAAAUGAAAUACAUAUUAUGGAUAUUUGUUUUUAUUUCAACUUGCUUUGCUGAUGGUAAUUAUUUAUUCAUAUUUUUUUCUAUGAUCUACGUGUUUAAUUUGAAAUUAUUGACAAUUUAAUUUUAAUUAUUUUGUAUUUUCUUAGUAGAUUAGGUAAGGUAAGUCAUAAAUAUCAUAGGAUGUUUUUAUUUGUUUACAUUAUCAUUUAAAUUUACAUAUACUUUUCUAAAUUAACUACUAGAAUAAUUCAAUAAUAUUUCUGUUUAUUUGUUUACCGUGUAUAAAGAAAUUUAAAGUACAUUGUGUUAAGUUGUAACUAGAUAUUAUUUAUAUAAUAAUAUUAAGUAUUAUAAUUCUUACUUGCCUAUUUAUUAUUUUUGGAAUGCUGUUAUAUAUUUGUUAAAUAAGUACCUAUAUAAAAUAACAUAAAUUUAAUAACAUAUUUCGAUUUAUAAAUUCAUUAAAUGAAGUAAAUUUAAAAUGUUUAUGAGAUAAUAGAUUCUGGCUUUAUAUCUAUUGCAUUAUUCGUUUUUUUUAGUAUGUUUGACAUUGAUUUGAAAUGUAAUCCAUAUAAUAUGUAUGUUUAGUAUAGUUGGAUAUUAAUGUAGCUUCCAAGCAAUUUUUUAUUCAAAGUGUAGUGAAGAAUGUAUUAGUUUUACAAAAAUAUUUUAUUUUUUUUUAUCAGUUUUUCCAAUUAAACAGAAAAAGUGUAAAAAAACGUAAAUAAUGGGAAAAUAACGAAAUAAUGCUUUUAUUAUUUAUUGUAAUUCAGUCAAAAAUAUUCGUAGAUUUGAAAUUUGGACAAAAAUUUUCUUUUUUAGACAUUGUAAUAUGUUUAAAAAAUUAAGUCAUUUUUUGAACUAUUUAUAGAAAUUUUAAUUUUACGAGUUUUAUACUUAACUUUUAGUACCAUUAGGUACUGUGUGGUAAAAUUGUCAGACCAACAGAAAUGCGUGGAAAUUUAACUGAAGGUUCAUAAAAAAAGUCUUAAUUUGUGGUAAAAAAAAAUCAAUUUGAGUUUAAUUUUUUAUAAAGAAAUUUUAAUAUAAUAUUUUGACGAAAAUCGUUUGAGUAAAAAUUUAUAUUGAAAAUAUUAAAUUUUUCAUUUUUCAUUUUUUUUUCUACUGUAAACUUGUAUAUUGCCGAUUUAAGAAUGAUGGUGAAGUCAGAAUUGAGUGGACCAACUAAGUUUCGAAAUUAUAAGUUUUUAAAGUUGUGAUAUUAUGCGAAUAUUAUAUGUUAUGUUAAAUAAAUAUUAUCAUAUUAAAGAAUAUUGUGAUCUAAUGGUUAUACAUACUUCUUGUCAUCCUAGGGUGAAAUAAAUUUCAAAAUACCCCACGAUUUUUUAUUCAAACUUUUUACAAGAAAUCUUGCUCCAAUUUAUCAAGUGUAGCUUAUUUUAUGAUAGAAAAUUUAUCUACAUGGUACUUUAAGGACGUCAUUUUGAAGUGAUUUUCAUAAAAUUUGCGAAAAAUCGUGAUUAAAUGUGGGAAAAACGGGAAUAUGUACAAAAUGUAGGUAUAUAAGUUAAAAAUAUGACGACCUUCUUUUGUUUCUAUGUACAACUUUUCUACCAGCAAUUGUGCUGAUUUACAAUGAUAGCACUUUUUCUUAAUGGAAAUAUGACUGGGGAGGUACUUUAGAGAGGUAAUUUUUCCCAACAAAUAUGAAAAAUGCUAAAAUCGGUACGAUAUUAAACAAAUAUAUAUUUAAAAAAAUCAUAUAAUGCCUAUUUAAUUAUUUUAUCAUUAUAUAACAUGUUUAGAUAUUGUUGACAUAGCUUCACUAUAAACUGAACUACGCUCAGAAUUGUUUUUUUCGUUCGCAAUGGUUUAUUGUUGCUUACAGAUGUACUUUAAAUUACCUAUAAUAGUAGCUACACCCGUCUCCAUUAUCCUAGGGCAUCUAUUUUUAAUUUUUUUUUUCAAAUUGUGUGUUUGGAUGCUUAAUUGAAAGGUAUUUUUUUUAAAAAAUGACUUACAUUUUCUUUAGUUAGACUUCUUUAGAAGUUACAGCCAAAAACCUUCAAAAUGAUAAAUUUACCAAAAAUGAUGUUAUUAUGUUUAAAAUACCAAAGAUUUAAAAAUUUAUAAAUUUUUCUUUUAAGUGUAUUUUUAUGCUCAACAUUUUGAUGAAAUCAAAAUUUACUCGGCUUUUUUGCUUUUUGUGUUAUUGAUAACAAACUAUAUAAAACUUAAUUAUAAAAUUAUUUCAAACAUUUGCAUAUUCAUGUAUUCAAAUUUAAAAUAAUAACUUAUGAGGGGGGGGGGGAGAUAAGUGAUAUAAUGUGUAUGUUAUUACAUAUUAAAUAAAAAAGUCAAUUUUUAGUUACUUUAAUAUGUAAAUGUUUAAAAGAACUUUAUAAUUAAAUUUUACAUGGUUUAUUAACAAUAAUAUAAAAAGUAACUAUGAUAGUAAGUUAUGAUUUCACUGAAAUACAAAAUUUAAAUUAAAAAUUGUUUUUAUUUUAAACUUACACACAGGAUUUUUGUAAAUCAAUUAUUUUGAAGUUUUUAAUUAUAACUUCUAAAAGAAAGUGUGAGUGAAUUUUUUUGAAAAUACCAUCAAAUAAAGCAUGCUGCAAAAACACAUAUUUUAUGAAAAAAAAUUCAAAAAAUUGUUUGGGAGUCAAAUUGCAUUUCUACUUAUGAUUGUUAUAUGUUAUUUUGUAUUUAUUAAACACAUUGAUUAAAUUUGUUUAUAAAAUUUCAGAUUUACCAGUUUUCAAUAAAUAUAUGAACAAUGAAGCUCUUUCUGAAAACUCUCCAGUUGGCCAAUCUGUUUACAAACUUGAAGGUAUUGAUACAUUUGGAAACGAUAAUGAUUUAUUAUAUGGUAUAGAAGGAACCGAUUACUUAAUGGUUAAUUCAAGCACAGGUGUUGUUACUGUUGCAAAACGUUUAGACCAUGAGGUAUGUAUUACAAUCUUUUUUUUAUUUCAAAGUACUUUCCAACAAAACAAUUAUUAAAUAAGACUUUGUGUUCUAGGAAAGUGAUACUUUAAAAUUGUUUGUCACGCUUCAACAGAAAAAUAGUACUGAUAUAGUUAGGCUUCCUAUAUCUGUAAUUAUAUUGGAUGAAAAUGAUAAUGCUCCUUCAUUUAAAAAUACACCAUAUGAAGGUUCAGUUAGUGAAGAAUCUCAAAUUGGCACUACUGUAUUUAAAUGGAUUCAUGUUGAAGAUUUGGAUAAAGUUGGUGAUCCACUUGAAGUUAGAUGUGAAUCGAAAUUUCAGGUUAUUAAAUACAUAUUAUAAUAACAUUCAUAUUUAGAUUGAAUUAAUUAUUAUCUUCUACUCCUUCACCUUCAUCCCAACUAUUUAGGGUCGGCAACUUUUGCUCUAAAUUUCCACUUGAGCCGAUCACCCACAUCAUCUUUGCAUUCACCAGCUAUCCUCAUAUUCUCAAUUACAUUUAUAGGAUAACAUAGAGGAGGUGUGAAUAAGUUUGUGAUAUAUUCCCUCAACUAUUAAAAGUUAUAUAAUAUUUUUCUCUUUUCCUAAAAUGCAUACAUGUACCCUCUCAUAUCAUAGUAUCUUCAUUUCCUGAUAUUCCUUGUAUUACCUCAUUUAUCUUUGACCAUAACUUAUCCUUUUCUCUCCCUUCACACUCUACUUGUAGAACAUACAUACUUACUACAUUAAAUACUCUUUUAUUUAAUAUUAAUUUCAUCGCUAUUAUUCAAUCACUUUUUCUUAGUAUAUCCACUAAUUCACUUUUUAAAUCUUCAUCCAUCUAUCUUUCAUCCCCACACAAUUUUUUGUAUAAAUUCUAUAUGAAUAUAUUAUUUUAUAACCCUCUCCAUCCUAAAUACAACAAAUAUUGACUUCCUACCUCUUUAACACUUUUACUAAUUUUCUACUUCUAUCAGUUAGUGGUCCAACAUUCCAUAUACUUAUUCUUCCUUACCUUUAUGUAUCUAGAUACAAGUCCAAUCUAGGAAGCAGUGGUGAUGUCCCUACACUAUUUACACUACAAGAGUUGGUAAAAAAGACAUAUCACUUUCUGUUAGGUUGAUAUCACUCACUCCAACUUCCAAGCCUCCUCUAAACAUUGCUUCAUCAAUUCCUCUUUCCUAUUAUCCCUGCACACAUCCAAAAUGGAACAAUUCACCUAACCUUUGUUUAGAACUCUUUAUACUAUUUGAUAGAAUUUUACUCACACUUAACUCAAUCCCAUUUUUUUUUUUUUUUUUUACAUUAACAACUUCUUUAAUGGAAAUAAUUUCCAAUUACUCAUAAUACAAUUUAAUAUAAUUUUAAAUAUAAUAAUAUAAUACUGCAAUAUAGUGAAAAUAAUAAACAAACUUAUUGACGAAAAUAAGUAAAAAAUAUACUAAUUAUGAAAUCUUCUUCAAAACAUGUAUUAUAAAUGCUGAUAUAGAUAUAUUAAAAUAAUCGAGAUUUUUCACUGAAUUUCUUGCAGACAUCAAUACAUAUGAUGGUAAAUUUAACUUAUAAUUUGUUCUAGUAUAUUUUAUAUAAAAAAGAUUUGUAUUUUGACUGUUUAUUGGAUUUAUUUUAAAGUUCAUAUUUUGCAGAAUUUUAGGACAAUCAAUCACAUUAUUAAGUAUUUUAUACAGAAAUUUUAGUUUUAGCUGUAUUAAUCGUUUUUUUAAUGUUAAAAUAUUAAAAAAGUUUAUUGUGACAUCGUAAGGAGAAUAUUUUGACAAUUUGGACAAUAAGUUACAUUUUACAAUAGGUUGAACCUUACCAUUAUAGUAUGCCAGACUUACUAUGUUAUAUGGUUCAAAGUGUUAAGCUGUAGACAUAAAAAUAGAAAAUUUUGAAGUUGAUGAAUGGAGGGACAAGAGAGGAUAUAAUAAGUGAUGAUUACAUAAAAGGUAGCUUAGGCAUGGCUUCAAUAGUAAACAAAAUAAGAGAAAAUAGACUGAGAUGGUUUGGACAUGUCAUGGGGAAAGAGGAAUCUAAAGCAAUAGAAAUAUAAUGAAAAUAAAUGUAGGUGAGGUUGAAGGGAAAACUGAAAAGGAGUAGUUGGAUGCAAUUAAAUUGAGAAUUAUAAGAAAAUAGCUGAUGUAUGGGAGGUAGAAGAUCGAGUUAAAUGAAAAUUUAAAACAAGAAUGGCCAGUUCCAAACAGUAACGAUAAAUGCAAAGGAGAAUAACUAUUUAUUAUAAUGAAAGUUUCUAAGCACAGUAAACUCAAAAUAUAACGAAAAUUUCAAUAUAAUGAAUGAAACUGCCGUUCCCUUGAAAACUUUGUUAUGUAACGAAAAAUUUAAUCUAAUUUUGGUCCCCUCAAUAUAACAAAGUUUUUUUGGCAAAAGCUCUUGUAAUACAACAAAUUUUUACAAUUUUGAAAAUUGAUAUAAACAAAUUUUCAAUUUUUAUUAAGAUUCGAUACAUGUCUGUUAGUGUAUGUUAAUGACUAAACAAAACAUACAUAGCAAAUAAAAAUAGUUUAAAAAUAAGUAGCUUGCUAUUAAGAUAAAAUGUUAAUCAAUGUAUAAUGGUUCUAUGAAAAAUGUACAGACAUAUGCUUUACAUUACUGUUCAUACAUCUAUAUAGCAAUGAGCCAUUAUAUGUGACUCGUGUAUUUUAUACAUAUUGUGAUUUUGCUGUGUAUUUAAAUAUUAUUAUUGGAAACUAAUAUGUAUUUGUAGGAUGUUGAUUUAAAUUUUGAAUUUUCCCUUGAAUCUAGUUAAAACAAAGUUUGUUGGUUCAUGCUCUUAAUAUAACAAAUUUUAGUGUAACAAACUUUCAUAAUAUCAAACUAUUUUUUCUGUCCCUUGAAAUUUGUUACAUUGUGAGGUGACUGUUUUUAAAUAAGCUGAUAUUUGUUUACAAGAGUAUUAUUGUAUUGUAUUAUUGAGUACAUUCUAAUAAGUAGUAAACUAAUUAUUAGUUAAAUAUUUAAUAAAUAAAAGUAUUUAUCUUUUAGAUGUAUUUUCAAUUUUGUAUAGAUUUAAAAAAAUUACCUGUAUUAUCAUUUUUUCAGAACGAUGAUGGAUGUUUAAAAUUUAAAAUACAAGCAAUAAAUGUCAGUGAAAGUUAUUUUUUGGGUGUUUUAAUUGUAAAUGGGGAUAUACAAUAUUCAACAAACCAGUUUUAUAAAAUAGUACUAGUUGCUAGUGUAAGUCUCAAUUUAUUCAAUUUAUUGGUUUAUUUAUUCAAAUAAAAUAAAAACUUAAUAGUUGUAAUUAAUAACUCUGUUUAAUAAUUAUGUGACUAUGCCACAUUUAAUGUAAUAAUAAAUUAUGUGUUUUAACUGUUAAAUAUUUUGUAGUUAAUUUAGUUUAAAAUAUUAAUAAUAUUAUUUUAGUUUAAAAUUUAAGUAUGAUUUGAAGUUAAAUUUGUUAUUUUUAGGAUGGCAUUCAUGAAUCUAGCAUAUAUGUAGAUAUACACGUUAAAGACAUUCAAAACAUGCCUCCUGUUUUUCAUGGCUCAUUAACUUCUGUUAUUAGUGAAGAUAUUUUAGUUGGAACACAUAUUUUAACAAUAAAUGCCAAAGAUGGGGAUAGAGGAGAACCAAGAAAUAUUGUUUACGACUUAAUACAAAGUAUAUAUACUUUUUUAAAUUUGUUUAAAUAAUUAUAAACAAUGUUUGGAUAUACUAUAUAUAAAUUAGUACUAGAGUGCUUAUUAAUUCCCACUUUUAUUUGACCAUUUUAAAGUAGAAUUUUUCAACGAGCCUGUUAAAAACAUUAAUCAAUAAAAUAAAUUUAAUUUAACACAUCCUUUCUGUCUCCAUGUGUAAAAUCAUGGAUAUAAUAACCCUAGAUUCCUUAAUGAAACUCAAUAUUCUUAACAGAAAUUAAAUUAAAUAAAAAUUAAUACGCUUUUCCAUUAUUAUAAUUUGUGAUAUUUGUGUCACUCACAAAACAAAAAGAAAUAAUUCAAUUUUCAUUCAAAAAACCAUGCAACAGCCACCCUUUAGGAAAUGAAUUAUAACAAUCUAGUUUCGAGGUGCAUAUAGAAUUGUUUAACUACUUCUAUAUAUAAAUGCGACCCUGUGAUAGAUUUGACAGUAGAUUGCACAUAGACAAAUUGAUACUUAAGAUAAUUUUAUUUCUAAUAUGCAGCUACAAAGUAAUAUUUUGGCUAUUCAGUGCAUAAAAUAUAUACAGUUGUAAAAAUUAAUAUAUGUGGGCCCAAUAAAAUUUAUUUAAAUGUAAAAAUUAUUUUGUUUUGUUAAUUGUUUUUAAAUUGAACAUUUGCAUAUAUAUUCAUGUGUGAAAUAUUGUUUAAUUUACUCUUGAAAUAUCUAAUUCAGUGUUUUAAAUAUUAGUUUAAAAUAUUAAUGUGUAAAAAGAGGUAUGUUGAUAUUAAACAUGCUUAAUAAUGUUUUGUAGAUCCUAUGGAUUACUUUUCUUUAGAUGGUUUAUCUGGUGAUUUGAGUACUGCUAAGCCAAUUGAUAGAGAAUCUUUGUCUGAUAAUAAUGGUAUUAUUACAUUAAUUGUUCGCGUAAGUAUACAUUUGAAAAUUAUAAUAUAUUAGUUGCUAUAUAUUUGUAUUUUUAAAGACAAUAUUACUUUAUUUAUUUAGGCUAGAGAACUUGCAAAUGGUUCAGCGUUAAAUGAUAAAUUAAGUUCUUCCAUAGCAAAUAUUACAAUCACAGUACAAGAUGUUAACGAUGAACCACCAGUUUUUAAUAAAAGAGAUUAUUUUGUUUCAAUACCUGAAAAUAUAGCUCCUGGUACGCCUUUACCUAACUUGAAUAUGACUGUUGUAGACUCUGAUAUUGUAAGCAUAUACUUAUAUACUUAAUUUGUUUAUUUAUAUAUAUACAUUUUUUAAUAUUAAAUAUAUUAAUUAGGGUGCAAAUUCUGAAUUUUCAUUAAGACUACUGGAUGAAUCAAAACUGUUUGUAAUUGAACCAACUAAAGCUAUUGGAUCAGUAGAUAUAGGAAUAAAAUUGGCAAAUAAUGUUAAAUUAGACUAUGAAGAUCCCAAUCAGAGAAAAUUUAUUGUUUUGGUAAUGAUAUAUUUGAAUAAAGAAGCAAUAAUAUAGUUUUUAUUUUUCUGCUUGUAAUAAAAUAGGUUAUUGCUAGUGAACCAAGUGAAAAAUAUGAUUUAACAUCAACUGCUACUCUUACAAUUCAAGUAACAGAUGUCAAUGAUAACGCGCCUGAAUUUGACAAUAAUGCUUAUACUCUCACAGUAAACGAAACUGCUACUCCUGGAACUAUAAUAGGUGUAGUAAAAGCUACAGAUAGAGACAGUAAUCCAAAUAUUGUUUAUAAAUUAAGUGGACCAUCAGCUGAUAAGUAAAUAUUUAAUUUUAAUUUUAACUUCUUUGAACUAUCUUCUGUUAGAAUGAAAUUUUUUUCUUAAAUUUAAUUAUUAUUUUCAUUAUUUUAGAUUUGAUGUAGAUAAAGACACUGGGACAAUAUCAGUAGCACUUUGUUCAAAUGUUGGGAAAUCACCAUGUCUAGACUAUGAAACACAAUCAAAUUAUUACUUAACAUUUAUAGCGACCGAUGAUAAUGGUUAUGGACAGUCCAAUUCAGUUACCAUAAUGAUAAUUUUAACUGACAGCAAUGAUAAUCCACCAAUUUUUAUGCAGCAUUCAUAUAAAUGUCUCAUUGAUGAAGGAAUGACAAUAUUUGAACCUCCCCUUAUAGUUCAAGUAAGUAAAUAUUUUACACAUAGUACUAUUGCCUAUACAUUUUUAUUGCGAAAUUGUAUUUAUUAUUUUAUGUUCACUUCAAUAUUCAUAUUGAUUUAGUUAACAAUGUACAUUUUAAUAAUCAAAACAAUUGUUUUUUUUUUUUCAGGCAACAGAUGCAGAUAAAUCUUCCUCUAUUAUGUAUUCAAUAAGAUCUGGAAAUGAAAAAAAACUAUUUAAAAUUGAUCAAACUAGUGGAGAAAUAUUUAUUGUGCCUAAAAAUGGACUUCAACGAUCAAAAGAUGAUAAUAUUACACUUAUAGUUGAUGUAAGUUUAUAUCAUACAAGUUUUACUUAUUAUUUAUUGAUAUUUAAUUUAUUUUUUAGUUUUAACUUACAUGCUUAAUUUUUUUUACUAUAAUCAUUUUAUCAGGUUUUUUGUUGAAAUUAUCUUAAAAAUAAUUGUAAGUUCCUGAAAUUUUAACAGAAUAAUUAAAUUGACAUUUUCAAAAUAUUCUUGCAAUUUUUGAGCUUUUUAAAGGCAUUUAACAUUUUUUAGUAUUUUAUGGAUGAAAUUAUUUUACCUAUGAUUGAAAAUGAUUAAAAAUUAACAUGAGGUUUUUUUUAAGAUUAAAUUUUGACAAAACUAGUAAAAAUUAUGUCAUUUCAAAACAUGUAUAAACGUAUUCAAUCAAAAUCGUUUUUGUUAACAAUGGUUUAUCAUUGCUUACAGAUAUAAAUUAAAUAACUUUAUAUGUUCUGUCUUCCUAAAUUUUCACCUACAACUUAAAUAUAAACUUUAAAAAUAAUUAAACUAACAAAUGUUUCUUAAGCAUAGUUAAUUUUAGAUUCUUAGUGAAGCGAAGAAGCUAAUAAUUCUACAUAAAUGUUCAUUUUUUUUUUUUCUAUCUGCGCAACUUUUCAACCAGUAUGUUUGCUCCAACUUUUAAUGAUAGUAAUGUUUCUUAAAGGAACUUGUACUGAUGAGGUACUUUAGAGAGGUCAUUUUUCAAUUUUCCCAAGAGUUUUCCCAGAAAAUGUGAAAAACCGGAAUAAUUGGUACAAAUUUUCUUAAAGAAAAUAUACAAAGCAUAUUUAAUUAUUUUACUACAAAAUGACAUUUAUAUUGUUGACAAAGCAUCACUAUCAAUUGAACUCUUCUCAAAAUCGUUUUUUUGUAAGCAAUGAUAAACCAUUGCUUACGGGUAUACAUUAAAUUCCCAACCAUAUAUCUUACCUUCCUUCACUAGUAAAAUUUCCUUUUAAAAAAGGUGCUACACAUAAAAAUCCGAGCAAGUUUUCUGGUAGAAAAGUUGUGUACAGAUUAAAAAAAAAAAAUCAUCUUUGUACAACCAUAAGCUUCCUCGCUCCACUCAGAAUCUAAAAUAGUUCAGUCAGUUGGCUAUCUUAUUUACAAAUAUAUGAAAAUAUAUUUGUGUAGGUUUUUUUAUUUUUUUUACACUUAUAUCUAUUUUUGUAACCAUUAUUUGUUUGGUUCAGAAAUGGGGUUUAAUCCCCUUACCAAUUCUACACUGCUGGGUGUAUUAAUAAUAUUAAGAGAUUAUAUAACUUCUUUAAUUUAAAUUAAUAAUUUCUUCAAAAUAGGCAAAUGAUGGAAUACAUAAUGAUGAAGCAACUGUGAACAUAAUUGUGUUGGAUGUCAAUAACAAUAGUCCAUAUUUUUUGUUGGAAUCUUAUAAUGUUUCUAUUCUUGAAAAUGAACCUAUUGGACAUAGUGUUAUCACAGUUGAAGCAAUAGAUGAAGAUUUAGAUAUGAAUGCAAAUCUUACAUAUUCAAUACAAGAAGGUUCUUUUGAUCAUUUUUCUAUUGACAAUGUUACUGGACUUAUCUUUACUUCAUCAAAACUUGAUUUUGACCAACAUUCAAAUUAUGCCAUCAAAACAUUAGCUAUUGAUAAAGGCACACCUGCACUAACUGGAAGCACAACAGUAUUCAUACAAAUAAUAAAUGUGAAUAAUAAGCGUCCAGAAUUUGUUCCAGCCAUACAGCGCGCAGAGGUUUGAAAUUGAAUCAUUAUAAUUUUAUUAAUGCAGUAUAGGAUUAUUGUGCUAUGUAAAAAAAAAUGUAAUUUUAUAGGUGUCAGAAGAUGUACCUAUUGGCACAGUUAUUUACCGUCUCGUUGCUCAUGAUCCUGACACUAGUAAUGAAAAUGCUUUAAGUUUCUCUUUGAAUACAUCAGCAAUCACUGGGAUAAGUAGUAAUGGUAAUCAACUAGAAGACAAUAAAGAAAUUAAAAAUUGGUUCAAAGUUCGACCUUCUAAUGGUGAUGUAAUUAUAUCUAAAACAAUUAAUAGAAAUAUUGCAGCUAUUGUUAGUUUAUCAGUUAUAGCCACUGAUACUUCUGCUCCAGAUGUUCAACAAUCUUCAGGUUGGUUUUAAUUUAUUAAAAAGAAAGAAAUGUAUUAAAUUUACAUAUUAUAUUAUUAUUGUUAAUUUUAAUAUAUUUAUGUAUACUUAAGCACAAUUGUAUUGGGCUAAUUAAAUUUUUUUUUUAUUAGGAACUUUGAUGAUAACUAUUAUAGAUAUUAAUGAUAUUCCGCCAAUAUUUGAACCACCUUGGAGUAAAGAAAAUCCAUAUUAUACAAUAUCGGUUUUAGAAGAACAGCCAAUUGGUUUUAUUGUUGGCAAAUUUAUCGCAUCUGAUGAUUCUGGAAUUGACCACUAUGAUCUUAUACCUAAUAAUUCUUAUUUUGAUGUAAAUCAGGUUACAGGUAAAUUAUUAAUACUAUAAAAUUACUAAUGUGGAACAUAUAUAUUACUUAGUUUGAUGGGGUUUUUUUUUAUUAUUAUUUGUUUAUUUGUUUACUGUAUACUUGUCCUCAACUUCACUCAAGUGCUUGAUUAUUCUAGAAAAAAAAUUAAUUAUAAAAAUUAGUUAUAAUUUUCUUGAAACCCACAUAUUUCCAUUAAGAAUACCAUGUUAAUUGUUUUAUUAUUAGUAUUAUGAUAAAAAUAUUUAUGUUUAUUUUUGAAAUGUCACAAUUAAUGAGUUUUUGUUCUAAAUCAACAAUGUGUCAUUAAUAGAAUUUGGUGCAAUUUGCAUAUAAUCUGCAAUUUUAGUUUACACAGUAAAUAUUCCAGUACUUUGUAAUUUAAAAUUCCUAAUUUUUGAACUCAAUUCUACUUGAAAAAAUGUAGUACCCGCCUUUUCAAUUUCAGUAAACCAAUAAUAUCCCAAUUUGAAUAUUGUUAGAUAAUAUUGUAUAAUAUUCACUAUAUUAUUCUUUUUUCAAGGAGCUUUAUACACAAAAGAAAGACUUGACUUUGAAAGAGUUGAAACAAUUGAUAUUAAUUUGAUUGCAUAUGACACUGGUCAUCCACAACUUUCAACUACUGCUACUAUAUUUAUUAAAAUUAUAAACAUAAAUGACAAUAGUCCAAUUUUUAAUCAGGUAACUUUUAUAUGAUAAACAAUACUAAUUUGUAUUGAAUUAGAUUGAUGAUUAUUUGAUUUGGAUUAUAAAUUAAUGAAAAUAUUAAUUAUUAAAGUAUAGUUAAAAAAACUAAAAGUUAUAGAAUAUAUAAAUGGCAACACAGUUUUAUAUAUUGGCCAAAAUUACUUACAAUAAAUGGAAAAAUACAUAUUUAAGAGUAAACUUGUACAGAUUUAAUGUUUUUAAAAAAUUUUACCCAAUCAUUAAAUAAUUUCUAUUAUAAAAUGCCUAAACCAAAGUAAUAUUCAAAUUAUUGAUUAUAAAUUGAAUCAAAAUCAAUUAAAUGCUAAAUUCUAAAUUAAUAGCAUAUACAUACAUAAUAUGUAUAUUAUUGACACUUUUAUUAUUUUUACUACCAUCAUUGUUGUGCCGUGGACUAUCACUGUAACAAAAUGUUAUUUAUUGCAACUAUCUUUUUUAGAAUACCAGGUGAUUCAAUUAAGUGGGUACACUCAUCUCAGAAACAGAAAGUAUUUACUUUUUCCGGAAUUUGUUUUCUAGAACAUUUAAAAAACAAGCUCCUCUACAAUUUUAUAUUUAUGUUACCCUUAUUUUUGGGAGUAAAACCACUUCCUAAUUUUGAUUUUCAAAUAGCAACCUAUAAUAAAAAUUUGAGUGUUGAAAUUUUUGAUUUUUGUCAAGUUGUUGACGAGAUAUAUUACUUUUAAUUUUAGGUUGGAGGAAAGUAGUAGUGCAUUAUUAAUACGGCACAUGCCGUACCACCACACUAAUGACACUCCAUUACUCAACUCCAACCCAAACUUAAAAGUGGAAUAUUUCUUCAGUGGAUCUGCAAAAAUUUAGAUAAAAGAUAAAUUCAUUUUUUUUUUAAUAUAUAUAUUUUUAACAUUUUAACAAUUUAAUAUUUCUAAAUAGCAAACAGAUGCCAUUUUGGAUUAUCAACAUUUUUCAAAUCAAAAGUACUCUCAAGAAGAACAAAGAUAACGUUGUACAAAGUUUUAAUUAGACUCAUAACAUUAUAUACGUGUGAGACAUGGAAUACCACUAAAUCGGAUGAGAACAAAUUGGGUGUAUUUGAAAGGAAAAUAUUGCGAACAAUUUUUGUACUAAAAAAAUAUGAUGAAGGUUAAUUUGAAGUUAUGACAAAUGAAGAAUUGCGAAGAUUAUUUGAUAAAGCCAACAUUAUAAGAAUCAUGAAGAGUAGUAGAAUAAGAUGGGGGGUCAGCCAUGUGUGGUGAUUGAAAGGAAUAUUAAGAAACAUAACAACAUGGAGAUUAAACAAAAAACGACCCAGGGAGCGACUCAGACAACAAUGGGCUGAUAAAAAUAAGGAAAACCUCAGGAUGAUUGGGGUGAAAAAUGCGAAGGAAGUGUCAUGGGACAGGGAGAUGAAGGAAUGUUGUUGUUGUGACGAUGAAUGUUAAUGACCUAAAGAUAGAAUAGUAUAUAAUUUAUUACAGAAAAUAAUAUGAAUAAUAGAUAUUAUAAAAAUGAGUACCCAAAAAAAAAAAUGUUCAGUUUUAUUUUAAAUUAAAAAUGUAUCAACAAAAAUAUAAUACUCUGAUUAGUGUGUGUGUAUCACUGUUUUAAGAGGGAAGUUGAAAAGGAAAAUACUGAAUGUUGUACAAAUAUAUAUAUUCAUUGUAAUACAUCUGUAUAUAAACAUAACUAAAUUCUAUUUUUUAUUAUUAUUAUUAUUACUCACAGGGUAAGGACAAAGUUUGUUUAUGUUUUAGUUAAAACUUAAAAAUAACUUUCUAUUUUAUUAUUAUUAUUUUUUUUUUUGUUAAAAAAAAAUUGAAUAUAACGAUUUUAUAAAGUUUAUUUUUAAAGGUGAAAAGUUAGUAGAGGGGAAAUUGGAUGUUUUAGACAAAGUGAUAUAAUUGAAAUCGGAGCAAAAUUACUGGUAAAAAAGUUGCUCUCAAAAAAAAAAAAAAAAGCAUAACCAAUAUAUUUCUUGCUCAACUCAGAAUCUUAAAGUGUAAUAAUAACCAAUUAGCGAAUGCGAUUACAGCUUGCUGCAAAGCUAUAGGUACUUUUUUCAGAAUUUUAAAAAAAUUAUUAACAACCACAGAUUUAUUGAAAAUAAAAGUUAACUCUAUAAAAUAAAUGACCAUCCUCAAUGGGUAUAUCUUUGUGAGGCACCUUAUAUAUAGAGUAAUUUAAUAAACAUCUGUAUACAAUGAUACUACACUAUUACUAACUAAAAACUAUUUUGAGCAGAGUAUUAUUAGUUACAUUUUUCCCUUGUUUCCAAGGUAACCCAAAAAUCAACAAAAUAUAUUAACAUAUAAUAAAUUAACAUUUUUUCGCAUUUAUUUAUUAUUUAUUUAUUUACUUUAUUUAUUUGAUUAUUAAUAACGAGUGGUGUUAUCCUGACUAUCUUGAAAAUCCGAAAUAGUUAUCGCCCUAAUCUAUUCACAAUAAUCUACAAUUACUAUAUUAUAAAUAACUCAUCAAUUUGUGUUUGUAUUAUUCUAUUAGACUGAGUAUAGAGCAGAUAUUGAAGAAAAUUCACCUAUUGGAACUUUAGUUACAAAUAUAGUAGCUACUGAUGCCGAUAAAGGGUUAUUUGGUAUUGUUCAUUACUCUAUUAUUGGCAAUAAUUAUGGUUUUGUUAUUGAUCAAGACACCGGCAUGGUCAAAGUUAAUGAUUCUAGUUUUCUUGAUCGUGAAAUAACGUCAGAAUUUAUGUUAACAAUUCAAGCUAAAGAUGAAGCUUCACCAAGUUCAACUAAAUCUGCUAUAGCACUGGUAGAUUAUUUUUCAAUUAAUUUUUUUAAAACUAUGACAUACAUUCUUCUUGGUAUUAUCAUUGAUUAUAAAUACUAGUUUUUUAAUCAAUGCAAUUAAUUUAGAAGACAUUAAAUUGUUAACAUAAUUUACAUAAAUAAAUUGUAUUUAUUUUGUUUAGUUAUUUAUUACACUUAUUGAUAUGAAUGAUAAUCCACCGCAGUUUGAUCCAAAAUUGUAUUCAUUGUCUAUUAUUGUCUCUACUCCUACAACACCUUUAAUGCAAUUAAAAGCUAUUGACAAAGAUUUAAACUCAAAAUUAAUCUACACUAUUGUAUCAGAAAAUAAAGGUUUGUAAUAAAAAAAAAAUAUUAAUAUUUAGAAUAUUUAGAAGUUUAGUUUAAAAAAAUAAAAUUAUAUUAAUAUAUUUUAGAUGUAUUUAGUCUUGAUAAGGAUUCAGGAUUUUUAUAUUCAGCCAUGUCAUUGAAUGGAAAAAAAGGUGUAUACUUGAUCAAAGUUGAUGUUUUUGAUGGUAUUUAUCAUGAUCAAGCAAUUGUUAACAUUACUGUCCUUGAUAUUAAUCAAAAUCAACCAGUAUUUGUAAACCCAUCAACUAAUAAUUCUACAUUAUCUAUUUCUGAAGUAAGUCUAAUAAUACAUGUGAUUAUAAAUGGGAUUUUUAAUCUGUAUUAAUUUUAAAAAACUACCUUAAAUUACAUAAUAAAUAUUAUUAGUUUUAUAGUGCUAAAAAAACCUUUUGCACAUUCUUCCAAGUUCCUCUAUCCACACUGAUCUAUUGUAUUUUCCAUUUAUAUUGACUUGUUGACAUUUAAGAUGGUGAUAUAAUGUAUUGUAAAAUUAAUUUAAAUUGUUCAAUAUAAUUAUAUGUUUAUUUCAAAUUUUAAUUAAAUAUUUAAACUUUGUAUUGUUUUUUAGGAUGUUAAUGUCGGCACUUUAAUUUUAACAGUAUGUGCUGAAGAUAAGGAUUUUGGAGAAAAUGGCCGUGUGACUUAUUUUUUUAAAGUAGCCAAUUCAAAUGCACAACAAACUGAUGCAUUUACUAUUAAUCCAGAAACAGGACAAAUUAAAACUCAAAUUUUACUUGAUUAUGAAACUAAAUCAUCUUAUCAAGUAUAUAAUUUUUAACUACAUUAUUUUAUUUUAAAUUCUAAACAAAAUCAUUGGUACUUAUAAUAGUAAUAACCCAUUUAUUUAGUUGGUGUUAGUUGCAAGGGACCAAGGAUCUCCAACAUGGCAUGAAUCUUUAAAACUUCUGACAAUCAAUUUAAUUGAUGUCAAUGAUAAUAAGCCACAAUUUUCUAAACACAAUGACAAUAAACCAUUGUAUACAUUUACUAUUAGAGAAAAUAAUAGACUUCAGUACAAAAUUGGUAAAUUGACAUUUAUAAUUACAUAAAUAUUUUUGAACAUUUUAUAAUGAUAAACUAAUUUGUUUAAUACUGAGGAUUUAUAUUUCAUUGGUAAAUAUUUUUAGGGCAAGUAAAAGCAACCGAUUUAGAUCAAGGCGAAAAUGCACAAAUUUAUUAUUAUUUGAUAUCAAAUCAACCAGUUCCGUUUGUUGUAGAUCAUCUUGAUGGAACUAUUUAUACAAAUGACACAUUAGAUAGAGAAAAACAGAGCUCAUAUGAAAUUCUUAUCAAAGCUUCAAAUGAUAAUGAAUAUCAACAAACUAAUGUAAUUAUUUUAUAUUUUAAACACUGUUGAAUUCAAAUCAUUCCUAAGAAAUUCUCUUAGACAUUAAUUUAUUUAUUUCCAAUCAAAUUUAAAUUAAUAUUUAAUUUUGUUUUGUAUUUGUAUUUUUUACUCUAUAGGACUUAGAAAUUGAUGAUUAUAAUUUAGCGAAAGUAUUAAUACUGGUAACUGAUGAAAAUGAUAAUCCUCCAGUUUUUCAAGUCAAUCAUUAUUAUGCGGGUAAUUUUUUUUUUUUUUUAAUAUAAAUGUAAUAGUUUUCUAUAAAUCUUAAGUUCAAAUUUAUGAUAACAUUUAUUUAAAUCACUAACAAUUUUAAUUUAUUUUAUUGUUACAAUUAAUUUAAAUUUAUCAAAAAAAUAUUUAAGCUUACUCAGAUUUGUUUUUUCUUUUGUAAUGACAACAAAAUGUGUAGCAACAGUGUAUUAAACAGCCACAAUGGAAUGUAUUUUUAAACAAUAAUUUGUUUAUAAUAAACUAAAAUUUUAAACUUAAUUUCCAGGAGUGAAUACCAUGGCUAAAGUUGGAGAUGUUGUACUUCAAGUAACAGCUAUUGAUCUAGACUAUGAAGAAAACAGUACAAUUACAUAUUAUAUUGAGAAUACACAAUUAUUUAGACCUGGAACUAGCAAUUUGACAUGGUCGUCUAUGCUAAAAGACCCCUUUUCAAUUGAUCAGUUGGGUCGUAUAUCAACAGCUGUAUUCUUAGCUGAAUAUAAUCAAGGACGGUUCAAUUUGCAAAUAGCUGCAAAGGAAAAUUCAUUUCCCAAUAGAAUUGCCUACACAGUAGUCACAGUAAUAAAAUUAUUAAAUAAAUUAGCUAAUACUUUAGAUAACAACAAUGGUGCUAAAUACAAACGCAAGGUAGUGCAUUAGAACCACUUAAAAUUGAAGAGUUGGCAGGGGCGUAUAGGCAAAUUAGAGCCAAUCUGGGAAAAAUUUAACCAAUGCAAUCCAUAUCAAGAGCAUAACAUCAUUCAACAGUUAGCCAUAAAAAUUGGAAAGAUUAUUUUAUAAUUUGUACUUUAUUAGUACAUAAAUAAACAAAAAUAAAACCAUUGCUAUAAAACGCUUAUAAAUAUAAAAUACCACAUUACGAUUAACUUUUUUAUUUCUACUAUGUUAAAUUUACAAUGAGCCUUGUAUUUAAUUUUCAACUAUUUCAGUUUGAUCAAAUAAUUGUAUCCACAUUAUACCAAAUAAAAACUAAAAUUACUAAAAUUUUAUCCAAAAAUUAAUUUGUGAAAAAUGUGCAAAUAUGUGUAGCUAGGAAUUGUGAAAUACUAUUUAACUAUUUAAGAGAAGUUGUAGAAUUAUAUUCAAUACUAUUUUGCACUUGCUUACUUUUACUAAAAACUACAAUUCAGUACAAUAUAAUCGAUGUAAAUAAAAAUAUUUAUUUUAGUCAAAUGGUUUUCCUUACCUUCUAGGCUUUCAAACAGUACAAAAUUAAUCGCUUAAAUAUUUUACUUUCUUCAAAAUAAUUUAUAAUGAAAUAUAAAAUUAAUACAAUUCUUUGAUAUUAUGUUUAAAUAUAAAAUUUAGCAGUGUUUUCAUAAAAAUGUUUGUAUAAAAUAUGAUUUUUUUGUUUUUUAAUUAAAUUAAAUUUGUGAGGGUUUUAUCAUUUUCCUACUCAAAGCAACCUAGUAAACAAGUAAGAGCCUAUACAUUUUAAAAUUACAAUAAUAAAUUAAAUGAUUUAAAUGCAUUUAAUUAAUAAUAUAGGUUAUAUUUUUGAAAAAAAGACAAUUUAUUAAAAAUUAAUUUAAAAAAGCAAUUAAAACUUAGGAAUAUUUUAUUUUUUUAAAAGAGCUAAACCCCUCUAAGCAAACUCAAUCAGUACCUAUAGUUUAAGUAUAAAUAGAUGUAUGUAUAAAACAAUAUUGUUAAAGAGUCUUAUUAGAAAUUUUAACCUUGGACCUGAAUGGUAACAAUAUUUUUGAGAUUUUCUAGAAAUACACCCUGGGUGGAGGUUAGAAAUUGUAUUCACAUCACAUAGGUACUAAAAGUUUAAAGUUUUAGGUAGGUAUGUAUUAGUGAAUGAUAAUCUUGGAAGUUAGUUAUUUUUUGUUUAGAGAUACUGUUUUCUAUUUUAAACUCUAUUCCACUACUGGUUACCUAUAUUUAUCUUUUUAUACAUAUGUAAUUCUCGUGGUUUAAGUUUAAGGUUUAAAAGGGGAUAUAGCACUAUUAAUAUCUUGAAAUACUAUAUUUUUAACCGGUUUCUAUAAAGCUUCUCGUAUUUUAGAUUCUGAGUGGAGCGAAAGUGCUUAUAGUUAUGGUUUUAGGUAUUAGUUAAAAAAUAUUUCUGCCUUCUUUUUUCCUAUAAACAACCUUUUUACCAGCAAUUUUGCUCCAAUUUAUAAUGAUAACAAUGUUUUUAAAAUGAAAUCUGACUGGGAAGGUACUUUAGCGAGUUCAUUUUUCAAUUUUUUCCCAGCAACAGUGAACAACUGGGGAAAAUGGUACAUUAAACAAAUAUUAUUAAAGAAAAUAUUUAAUGCCUAUUUAAUUAUUUUACCAUAAUAUGACAUAUAUAUUAUUGUCAAAGCAUCACUAUCAAUUGAACUCCGCUCAGAAUUUGUUUUUCGUUAGCAAUGGUUUAUCAUUACUUACAGGUAUACAUUAAAUUUCUCUUCUCCUACCUUCCCAGUGGCUUCACCCAUCCCCAUUAUCCUAGCACAACUUUUUAUUUAUAGUAUUUAAUUAAAUUUAAUGUAUUGUCAUGAUUGGAUAUUAUUUUGUUUCAGGUAUGGGUUUAUGAAACUCAUCAAUUAGUGAAAUUAAUAGUGUCACGUGCUCCACAAACAGUUAAUAAAGGUCGAGAACAGAUACUUUCUAGUUUGGCAAAUGUAACUAAUAUGAUUGUGGUAUUGGACGAUGUCCGUUACCACGUUAAUCAGUAUGGUUAUAUUCAACCAGAUUGGAGCGAUGUGUAUUUACACUUGGUAAAUCCAAUGAAAAAUGAUAUAAUGUCUAGUUGGGAAGUUUUAACUAUAAUUGAUGAAAAAUAUGAUUAUUUAAAAGACUAUUAUCAACAUUUUGCUAUUGAAAAUGUUGUGGUAUGUAUAAUUUUAGAAUUAAUAUAAAACAUUAUUAUUUUUUUUUUUUGACAGUAAUUUUUGCAGUGGUUAAAUAAUUGAUUCGAAAGUUUUAUUAAUUUCUGACAAUAAAGAUAAAAGAUAAAAAAUAAAAGAUCAAUUGUUUAAAUUUCCAGUGGUUACUAAAAAUUAAAAUUUUAUGAACACCUAACAUUGAAAAUAUUCAUUUUUCUGAUAUCUACAAAUUAAAAUAUACUUGUAACUUGUAAAGUGUACACUAGUUGGUGUUAAUAACCUUACUAAAAGUAAGAAGAUUCAAGCUUCAUUUAUCACACAUUCGUUUCAAUGUCCUAUAUAUCUUAAUUCUUGUUCAGAGUUGCAUAUUUCAAACAAAAAUUAAAAUACAAUAAUAGUGAGUCUUGUUCAUUUUUAUAGCAGGGUUGGAAAAAACUCAACUCAGUUGGAGUAAUUUGGGUUAUUCACCAUAAAACCCUGAUGGGUUCAACCCAAAAAAAAACUUAAUGGUUUUUUUAGGAUGGGCUUUUUUUAACCAACCUUGACUUAUAGACAUGAUUAAUGUGUUUACAUAAUUUAAUAAUUAUUAUAUUAUUAUACAUAUUUGUUUUUAAAUAGUUGAAUGUGAUAUUAAUAUAAAUAAUUUUUUCUUAUAUUAGCCUGCUCUGGUUGUUUCUCAAAAUGAAUCAUUUGAACCUACCAUAGCUGCUUUAGUAGCAUUAUUAGUUGUGUUAACUGUUGGAUGCAUUGGUGUGUUAAUAAUUUGUUGCUGCUUCAGACAUUGGUAAAUUCAACCAAAAUAUUCUGUUAACAGUUAAUUUUCUAUUUGUAUUUGUAUUAUUUUUUUUAUAGGAUGUUUACGGAAUUGGAUAAUAACUCAAUAAAGAAUGACAUAUUGAUAAAAAAGGCUGUGAUCGAUGAUCUCAGUACAACUGAAAAUCCACUUUGGAUUGAACAGUAAGAUAAUACUGUUUAUAAAUAAAUAAUUUAAACAUAAAUGUACUUAUAUGAUGCUUUUCAACUUUUUUAUUUAUUAGGAAAUUAAAAUUGUACGAAGAACAAGAAUUAACUAUGCAAGUUUUUUGCGAUCUUGAAAAUAAAGAUAUGCCAAUUAAUCAAGAUAAUAUUGUGGUAAAUUUUCAAUUUUCAAUUUAUUUUUAUACAUUAUUGUGUUAAAAAUAUUUAUUUAUAGGGAGAUAAUACAUAUGCAACGAUACGACGUCCUUCUCGUCGCGGUUCUAUCAACACUUUAUUGACAAUGACACCUGGUGAAUAUGCCACUUUGGGCGGAUCUGUCUUACCAUUGCCUCCUGACGGAGGCACUUCUCAUAGUCAACAAGUAAUAUAAUUAACUUUAAUAGUAUUUAGUAUAUUUAAAUGCCCUAAAAAAUUAAUUUUAUUAAUGUAAAAUUACAUAAAAUGAUGCCAAUAUAAGAAAUAUUAUGAGUUUUGUGACAAACACAAAUAAUACAUUAUGCUACAUAGUAUUGUUUACAAUACAGUCUUCUUGCAAUUCAUCUUGCAUAUAUUUCCACAUUCAAAUUUGUAUAAUAAUGACAUAAUAAAUCGCAUCUAAUUAUCAGCUGAGAAAUAAAAUUAUUGUAUGUCUACAAUAAACUUAAUGAAUAAUUUAAUUAUAUUAUGUAAUAAACAUUAUAAUACAAUUUUUUUUUUUUUUUUUUUACUUUCUUGAAAAAGAAUUUAUGUAACAAAUAAGAAUAUGAAUAAAAAACUGUAUUUCUAAUGCUAAUAUCUUUGGUAAUAUUCAAAUUUUAAUUUUUCAAUCAGUUCUUUAGAAAAAAAAUUACUUUAUUUGUUUUCACUUUUCAAAAUAAUCAAAAUAUCCACAUUGCAAUCAAUAUUACUUUUUAAAUUUAACUGUAUCAAACUAACAUAUCCAAUAAAUAGUGUUUCUUAAUAAUAGCUCUUUUAAUUUCUAUAAAAGGGGGAGGGUUUAAAUUUCUUUUAUUAAUGGAAGAAUAAUUAUUUACCGUGAUUUUAUUAUAGUACUAUGAUUUUGAUUCCUUAUCAUUUAACAUUUUAGUAAUUUAUUAAAAAUAAUCGGUUUCAUACUUCUUCUCUAAAAAUUAUAAUAGUUAUUAUUAAGAAACUAUUCAUUGGAUAUGUAUGUUUAGUAAACUAAAAUUUUUAGAAUAAUAUGUAUUACAGAGUAGCUAGUAUUUUAAAAAUUUUCCAUAAUGAACAAAUAAGUUAUUUUUCUCUAAUGAUCAUGAAAUGAAAAUACAAAUUGAAUUUUAUAUAUAAUGUCCCUCUCACAAAAAUCUGACUGAAAGAUAAAAAUAAAAACAUUGAAUAUUACCAAUGAUAUUAGUAUUGAAAAAACGCGAAAAAACAACCUGCACAUAAAUUAGAAUUAUUUAUUAUUUAAUUAUCACAGAGCAAAAAAGAUAAUUUUUACCAUUUUGAAUUGAAUAAAAAAAUUAAUUGUCUUUUCACUAACAAUACUUUAUGUUAAUUUAUUUUAAUAUAAAUAUUUAAAAAAUUAUAUUUAAAGAUGUUUGAAGCAUCCCUUGGAUUUCAAGGAUCAACAUUCCAAGUUCCAGAUUCUGCUUUGGAUACAAGUAAUCUCUUAAUAAAUAACUCUGACAUAUGACUUCAUCUAUAUACAAAAUUAUUUAUUGUUAAUAAAUAAAAUUAUUUAUGUGUACAAUUGCUAGUACUUAUGUAUGUAUAUUGUAAAACUGCAAAUUACAUAACAAUACCUAUAUAAAUCAAAUUUAUGUAAUAAUCUAAAACAUUCUAUUAAGUCAAUUGUCAUUGAUUUAUAUUUAAUAUUACAAAGAAUUAUUUUGUGGAGCCAUUUUAAGUUUCCUUUUUGUAAUUCUAUUUUAUUAUUAUUGUUAUGAUUAUUAUUAUUAUUAGAUCAUAGUUUUUAAUGAAAAUAAAAUUGUUUUCAAAUAUAAAAAAAAUUGCUCAUCGAACUAAUAUUUAUAUUACUCUAUUAACUAUUUAAUUGUGAUAAUCAUUCAGUAUUAAAAAAAGUGAUAUGUAUUUUUUUUUUUUUUUUUAUAUAAAUAAUGACUGAAAAUAUAACAUAAGUUAGCUUUUAUAAAUUAACAAUAUACAUCGACAGUGAAAUGUAUAACACUUACAAUUUACAUAAUAUGAAUUGGUUUAAUAAUUAUUAUUCAUUUAUUUGAUUAAUUGGAACAAUGAUAGUUUUAAUUGUAUUUAUUUAUUUUUAUAUUAUAUUUUUUAUAAAAACUAGUUAAUGUUGAUAACAAUUUUUUAUUCAAUUAUUUUUAAGUAACUAAAAGUUUAUAAUUUUGU